AUGGGAAAAUUUGAUGAAUUAAUAAAAAAAAUCGAUAAUUCCGAUGCCAAAAAAUAUAUUGAAUAUUUAAUUAAAGCAGAUCAAACUGAUCUUAUAAACCAUGACGGCUUAAAUAAAGAAAAUAUUUUUGAUAUCAUUAAACAAAUUAAAGAAUUUGAAAAAGAAUAUCCUGGUGGAUUAAUUAAAUAUGUAGAAAAAGCAAAAAAUCUUUUUAAACAAUUACAAAAUGAAGCUGAUCAAUAUGCAAAUUAUAUAAUAGAGCAUCCAAAUAAUAUAGUAAAAAUAAAAUUCCAUUUGAAAGACUUAUUAUUUCAAGAUAAUGCAAGUAAUAAAUUAUUAGGUAUAUAUUCUUCCCAAAAGUGUGAAUUAAGUAAUUAUGAAAAAAAUUUAAAGGAAUUUGAAUUGCCUCAUUUUAACAAUAAUGGACAUGUUAUUGAUAUAAAGAAUAAAUCUAAAUAUUUGGAUAAAAAUGUGACUUUACCAAUAAAUCUAUCAUUAUUAGAAAAUAAUAAUAUUUCUGAUACAAUCUGCGAAAAUAAAUGGAUAUUAAAUAAUACAUUUGAUUUCAAUAGGGAUAAUUUUAAAAAAGGAAAAAAGCAUUAUAAAGAGCUUAAAGAAAUAUGCCCCCCAAAAUGCAAGACAAAAUAUGAAAAUAAUGAAAUAGAGAGGGAUAAUAUAGAAUUGAAUAUUUCAUCUAUUGAAAAUUUUCUUUAUUAUGAAAAAAUAGGAUUAGAAUAUAUUGAUAAAGUUUGUUUUAUUUUAUUAGCAGGAGGACUAGGAGAAAGGUUAAAUUAUAAUGAUAUAAAAUUAAAAUUAUUAACUAGUGUAAUAUCCGAAAAAAGCUAUAUUGAAUAUUAUUGUAAUUAUUUAAAAAGUUUUCAAGAUUUUAUUAAAAAAAAUAAAAAUAAAGAAAUGGAUAUACCCUUUAUAAUUAUGUUAUCUGACGAUACUUAUGAAAGUACAAUAAAUUUUUUAGAAGAUAACAAUUACUUUUCUUUAAAAAAAAAACAAAUAUAUUUAUUAAAACAAAGAAAUGUUUUAUGCUUUAAAAAUAAUAAAUCCCAUUUAGAUUAUAUAUAUAAAAAUAAUACUUUUUAUUUGUCCAAAAAGCCGCAUGGACAUGGGGAUAUACAUACAUUAAUUAAAAAACAUAUACAAUUAGAUGAUUUUAUUCAAAAGGGAUAUAACUAUUUAUAUUUUUUUCAGGACACAAAUGCUUUAGCAAUAAAGGUUUUGUUUGCUUGUUUAGGUGUAUCUAUAGAAAAGCAAUUGCAUAUAAAUUUUUUAGCUAUAUCCCGAAAGCCUGGUGAAGAAAUAGGAACAAUAUGUAAAUUAACAAAUUGUGGAAAAACUAUAGAUGUUGUAAAUAUAGAAUACAAUAUUUUUGAAUCAAUACUAAAAAACAUAUCAAAAAAAGAUGUUGUUGAUGAAGAUGGAUGUUCAUUAUACUCAGGUAAUACUAAUUCCUUAAUAUUUGAAAUACGAAAAUAUAAUGAAAUAUUAAAAAAAACAAAUGGAAUAGUACCAGAAUAUGUCAAUCCAAAAUAUUCUGAUGAUACUAAACAACAUUUUGUAAGUCCAGUACGAAUCGAAUGUAUGAUGCAGGAUUUUGUAUAUUUGUAUUUUUCUCAAAAUUCUAGCCAAACAGAAGGAAAAGAAGAGAAGCAUGAAAAGAACAAAAAUGACCAAAAAAAUAAAAAUGAAUGUGAUAAUAGUAAUAAAGUGGGUGUAACUGAGUUAAACCGAUUUUUGUGUUUUUCAGCAGUAAAAAAUAACAGAAUUAAUGCAAAAAAAAAAAUUCAAAAUAAUAUACAUCCAGAAUGUAUAUAUAGUGCAGAAGCUGAUUUAUAUUAUAGCAAUUGUGCUUUUAUAGAAUUAGCAUGUAUAUAUAAUAAAAAAAAUAACAAUUUAGAAAAAAUAGGAAUUCAAUUUUUGAAUGGAACCCCAUAUAUUAUGCCACCCAAAGUAUUAAUUGAACCACAGUUUGCUUUUACAUUAACUCAGCUAAUAAGCAAAAUAAAAGGGAACAUAACUAUAAAGAAUAAUUCUACUUUAUGGAUAAAAUCCGAUGCAAUUAUUACAAAUUUAUAUUUAGAUGGUGCGUUAAUUAUUGAAAACACUAAUAAAGAACCAAAUAAUAGUCCUAUUAUAUUAGAAGAAAAUUUGUAUAUAAAAAAUCAAGGAUUCCAAAUAGUAGAGCACCUUGAAAAAUCAAAAAAUAUUUCUGAAAAUUCAGAUAUAAGGGAUUAUAAACUAGUGAAAAGGGCUGUUCUUGUGAUAAGCAGUUGA